GCAAAAAAAAACUACACAACUAUUCAAACAAAGAGCAUAUGCGAAAACAUUUUUAUUUUCAAUUAGAUUUCCAUCUUUGAUACACUAAAACACCAACAUCAAAAUCAUCAAAGAUUUUAAUUCUAACAAAAAACCUUAUUUUCUUAACUUUUUACUCAAAACCCACAAGACCCCAUUUUAUUGAUAUUGAAUUGAAUCCUUUUUUGUUGUCAAAAAUCCAAUAAAAACAUGAUCUUUUCAUUGAAACAAUCAUCUUUAACAACAAAUUUCAAACACAAUCCAAAAAUCACCAACCACCGGAAAAUUUCACCAUCAGAAUCCUUGGUUUUACCGCCUCUUUCAAAGCCCAAAAACAACAAUCUUUUCCAUGUAUCAAAUGCAAAUUUAAAACCUUUAUAUAUACAACCUAUACAAAAAUCAUCAUAUUCAAGUGUGACAUGUAAAGCAUAUGAAGCUGAUAAACAUUCUUCUGAUGGUAUUGAUAAAGUAGAAGCAGCAAGAAAGGCUAAAAUUGGUGUUUAUUUUGCAACAUGGUGGUUUCUAAAUGUUAUAUUUAAUAUAUAUAAUAAAAAAGUAUUGAAUGCAUUUCCAUAUCCAUGGUUGACUUCAUUGUUGUCACUUGCUGCUGGAUCAACAAUUAUGUUGCUUUCAUGGGGGACUAAGCUUGCUGAAGCACCUAAUACUGAUCUUGAUUUCUGGAAAUCUUUAUUUCCUGUUGCUUUGGCACAUACAAUUGGUCAUGUAGCAGCAACUGUAAGCAUGUCUAAAGUUGCCGUUUCUUUCACACACAUCAUCAAGAGUGGCGAGCCAGCUUUUAGUGUCUUGGUUUCAAGGUUCAUCUUGGGAGAAACAUUCCCGGCAUCAGUUUACUUGUCUCUUCUGCCGAUCAUUGGUGGUUGUGGUCUCGCUGCCCUUACCGAGCUCAAUUUCAACAUGAUUGGUUUUAUGGGGGCUAUGAUAUCAAACUUGGCGUUUGUGUUCAGGAACAUUUUUUCCAAAAGAGGCAUGAAGGGGAAGUCUGUUAGCGGAAUGAACUACUAUGCUUGUUUAUCAUUGUUAUCACUUUUGAUCCUUACGCCAUUUGCAAUUGCCGUUGAGGGACCAAAGAUGUGGGCUGCUGGAUGGCAAAAUGCUGUCUCUGAAAUUGGACCCCAUUUCAUUUGGUGGGUGGCAGCCCAAAGUAUCUUCUAUCAUUUGUACAAUCAAGUUUCAUAUAUGUCACUUGAUGAAAUCUCUCCGUUGACGUUUAGUAUCGGAAACACGAUGAAACGUAUAUCUGUUAUUGUUUCCUCUAUUAUCAUAUUUCGUACACCCGUUCAACCAAUUAAUGCUCUUGGAGCUGCCAUCGCUAUCUUUGGAACUUUCUUGUAUUCUCAGGCAAAGAAGUGAAGAACACAGAACAGUUAUCAGGAGGACAAGCGGUUUCAAGUGUUGAUAUUGAUGUAUCUUCUUCAUCCGUGAAUGCAUAAUAGCAAGGUCACCCAACAGCUUGUUGAUGUUGCAGAUAAUAAUAAGAUAAUAAUAAUGCAUUAACAGCAAGGUGACACAGUAGACUUUUUUUUACCCCCCUGAGUGUGGGAGGUAGUGAGUGUUUUUUUCCAAUAAUAGUGAUGGACAAAUUCGGUACUGUUUCUUUCAAUUAGACUUCUUCUGUUUUGCCCUCACACAAUGCAAUGUAUUGGAAUUUAUUCCUGGUAUCCUUUUGUAUCUACUAUUGUAAAAGGCACGAUUAGUAAUGUAAAGGCAGUGCAACAAUUCGACCGAUACAAUGUUGUUAUAAUGUGGUCUUGAUGUCCCAACUCAGUAGUAAAUUUAUGUAGCUAAACCAUUUCUGUUUUUGAUA